AUGGACGAGUCUUUCAGCAAUCUUCCCACGAGCUACUUGCUUGGCUCAGUACCGGCUGUUGUUAGUGAAGAAAAGACACCCUCUAGCCAAGAGGUUCUUGGUGCAAAUUUGCAAAUAUUUCCUCCCAAUAAUAGUGCAAGCAGGGGCACGGGAUAUCAAACUCUCGGUGGUACCGGUGAUGGAGAUGAACAACAGGCGACAAACAACUGGAAAGGAGUGUUUAGUAUCUCUUCUUACACACAAUAUUUUAAUGUAGAUACAGACAUUGUGUUGAACAGAUUGAUCAGCUCAUUGUAUCCUAUAAGUGGAGAUUUUUUCAGCAAGAUUGAUGCCAACCCAGACCUCUACGGACUUGUCUGGAUCUCCACUACAUUGGUAUUUGCAAUUGCUUCCCUUGGAAAUUGUUCUACCUACCUAAUGCAUAGAAGAAGUGAUUACAGUACUUCAUGGACCUUCGACGUCAGUUAUUUAAAUGUGGCAGCUUGCUCCAUAUACGGUUAUGCGUUGAUAGUGCCACUGGCAUAUUACUUUUUGCUUCAGUACCUGGGAUCAAAUGCAAGCCUUAUACGCUUUUGGUGCUUGUGGGGAUAUUCCCUUUUCAUUUUCAUUCUAAGCUCUUUCCUGUUGGUUAUUCCAGUUGAGUUUCUGCGAUGGACUAUCAUAUUACUUGGUGGCGGUGCAUCAGCCAGCUUUGUUGCUUUGAACCUCAGAUCUUAUAUAAAGGAGAGUGAAAUUACAUUAGUCGUUAUUUCUUCAUCUGUCCUGCAAAUGGGUCUGGCAAUCUUCAUCAAGAUGUGGUUUUUUGCAUAA